CUGAGCUGUGGUUCUGGUUCUGGGGGAGAGAGGAACAAUGUUCUCAGGUCUCUUCAUCCGACGUGCCCUGAGCAGAGUCCGCCACACAGGACGGGUCUGGAGAGCAGCGAACCUGCGAUCUGUGAUUUAUUGACGUGUUGCUCCGCGGGCUGUAGGAGCACAGGCGCUUCUUUCAGGAGGCGGUUUUGUUUUUGCGACCUGCCUUUUCGUGUAGCGACGCUCCCCACGGCGCCCCGUGUUUGUGCUCGGUAAUCUGAGAACCCCGCCAUGGCUUUUCGGAUUUAAAUCAGCUUUUUUCCCCUUAAUGCCUUCGCCGACCGAUUUUUAUGUAGGCGAGUUGUUGAAGCCAGUGGGAGGACCUGGUUCGAUCUGAACCGGAGCAGCUCGCGUGCUGGGGAACGGGUAUGGACCAGAUUUGUCAUCUAAUGGGUGUUUGGGAGUCAAACAGAGCGCAGCCCCGUCUCAGGUAGAAGUGGUCGAGUUUUAUUUUAAGAGGAUUUACGACAUGGGCUGAGCUCUGCUGCACUCGCUCCUGUUGGCUGCUUCUUCUUUUUCUUUCUUUUUUUUUUUGGUUUGUUUUUUGUGUUUUUGUGGUUUUUUUUGUGUUUUUGCUGGAAACUUUCAAUCUUCCGACGGAAGCGCGUGAGCGAUCCAAGAGUGGAUGAGCGGACACCGCAGACACAAACCACUUGUAGAACCGGAGCGCACCCACAGAGGAACCCGCUUCAGCCCAUCCGUCACCCACGGCCCGGACGGCGCCUCCGGGACCAUGUGGCUGGCACGCCUCGCCCUGCUGCUCCUCAGGCUGGCCGGCACGGGCGGGGGACUCAACACGUGUCAGUCGUUCAACCUGGACGAGCACAAGGCGAAGCGCAUCGAGGCCGUCCGCGGCCAGAUCCUCAGCAAGCUCCGGAUCCGCAGCCCGCCGGACGCGGGCAGAGCGACGCCGGACGCCCCGGUGCCCCCGGAAGUCAUGCUGCUCUACAACAGCACCCGAGAGCUGCUGCGGGAGAGCGCGCGCCACGCCGAGUCCGCGUGCGAGCGGGAGAGCAGCGAGGAGGAUUAUUACGCGAAGGAGGUGACGCGCGUCGACAUGGCCCCGCCCCGCCGGGACGCCAAUGCAGUGAACCCUAUGGCCCCUAGCCUCCACUACAGGGUGGUCCACUUUGACGUGUCGGGAGUGGACCUGACCAACAGCACACUGGUCAGAGCUGAGUUCAGGAUCUUCAGGGCCCCAAACCCACAUGCCCAUGCUGCAGAGCAGAGAGUGGAGCUCUACCAGCUGUUGAAGCCGGAUGAGGAUAGCAGCUCCACUCAGCGCUACAUUGACUCCCGCACCGUGCAGCCUCGUGCCAAAGGAGCCUGGCUAUCUGUGGAGGUCACUGACACUGUCAAGGAUUGGCUGUCAGACAGAGAGAAGAAUCUGGGCCUGAAGCUGGGGGUCCACUGCCCCUGCUGCACCUUUGUUCCAUCCACCAACAACAUAGUUCCCAACAAGAGCGAGGAACUGGAAGCCCUGUUUGCAGGUCUGGAUGAUGAGAAGCUGCGUCAGAUAAAGAAGCCAGGUCAGGUCAAGGGCCAGGUGGAUUUCAGCACCAAAACGCCCUACCUCAUCCUGACCCUGCUGCCCAGCGACAGGGUGGACAACCCGACCAAGAAGAACCGCAAGAAGAGAGCAGCCGCCGCUGACGCCUCUACCUGCUCCCGCAACUCGGAGCAGGGCUGCUGCCUGCGUUCUCUCUACAUCGACUUCCGGCGGGACCUCAACUGGAAGUGGAUCCAUGAGCCCAAAGGCUACAAAGCCAACUUCUGUGCUGGGAACUGCCCUUAUCUGUGGAGCGCUGACAACCACUACAACAUGAUCUUGCCCCUGUACAACAAGCUGAACCCCGAAGCCUCGGCCUCCCCCUGUUGCGUGCCCCAGGACCUGGAGCCCCUCACCAUCGUCUACUACAUGGGCCGCACGCCGCGCGUCGAGCAGCUCUCCAACAUGGUGGUCAAAUCCUGCAAGUGUCGCUGA